CCACCGCCCGCCGCCGCAACAACUUCUGGCAACAGCAACCAUGGCCGCUGCACUCGAUCCCCCCGGCGGCAGUCCCAAGCGGCCCCUCGACACGGCCAUCGACAUGGAACCGCGCAAGCGCCUGCGCACCGCAGACUUGCCCCUCACCCAGAACAAGCGCGCCGCCAUCGAUGCAAUCCUGCAUACCUUCAAGAAGAAGGGUGAAUUCGAUGCCCUGCGCAAAAAGGCCUUUAUGCAGUUCGAUCAGAGCCCGGCCAAAACAACCCUCAUCACGUCGCUCAACGAACUCGGCGACGCCGAAACCGAUCGCAACCCCACCCUCCUCUCCAAAGACCGCCGUAUCGCCGCCCCGCUACUCGAAGGCGCUGCCGAGCGCAGCGAAAUCUACCGCGUCGCUGAGACUCACGUGCGCCAAGUCAUCGCCGCCACCCUCGACGAGCAGGCCGAGCACAAGAUGCGCGAGAUCCGCCGCGCCGACAUCGGACUCGACGCCGCGGUCGAGGAGCAGAAGCGCGGCAGCAAGUCUGAUGACGAGUACGAGCGCGAGGCUGAGCGCCGGCGUUUAGUCCGCGCCCAAGCCCGCGAGGAGCGCAUGGAGCGCGAACGUGAGAUUGAGCGCGAGGAGCGGAAGAAGAAGGACGAGGAGCGCCGGCGCAAGCGCGAGGAGGAGGAGGCGCGCGAGCGCGAGCGGGCAGAGCGGGAAGAAAAGCGCCGUAGGGAGCGCGAGGAGCGCGAGGCAGAGCGGCAGCGAGAGUAUGAGCGUGAGCGCGAAGAGCGGAGGGAGCGAGAACGGCAGUGGGAGAAGGAACGCGAGGAGCGGAGAGAGCGCCGGCGCCGUGAAGACGAAGAGUACGAGCGCGCAAGGCGCGACAGGGUGCGCCGCCGGUCGCGCAGCAGAGACAGGCGCCGCUCCGCCAGUAGAGGGCGCUACCGCUCCGCCAGCCACGACCACGGGCGUGCCAGCAUCGACUAUAGCAAGAAGGCGGAGGAAGUCAAGAUCUCGGACGAGGACGCCCUGGCACUGCUUCUACAGGAGGGCAAGGAGUACGAAAAGGCGCGCCAGCGCCCCGAGCUCGAGCGGUCGGGCUCCCUGGAGCCGCCUGCCCGCAGGUCUAUGGUGCCGAAGAGCAUCGUGCCGCGCGACCCUGCCACAGCACGGCGCGAGAAGUUGGAGCGCGAAAAAGCGAGAGACGACGCCGCACGCGAUCGGGACAGGGACAGAGACAGAGACGGCACGCGCAAAGACGACCGCGACCGCGACCGCGACCGCGACUUCCCCCCGCCGACCCUAAAGCGCGACGACUCCUCCACAGCCAAAGACAAAGACCUGUCCGCCCCACCCCCGCCCCGCCGCGAAUCCUCCGUCGCCGUUUCCAUCCGCUCCAAGACCGACCGCGACCGCGACCACCGCCCGCGCUCCCGCUCACGCAGCCGCACCCGCAAGCGCGCUUCCUCGCGCUCACCCGCCGCAGACGACUACCACCACCAUCACCACCACCAUCACAGCCGACGCUACUCGUCAAGCCGGUACGCCGAGCGCGACCGCGACCGCGAUUACCGCGACCGAGACAGGGAGCGGGAGCGGGAGCGGGACAGAGAAAGAGAGCGCGACUGUGACCGCGACCGCCGCCGCGGCAGCUACCACCGCAGCGGGGCCGCCUCGCCAGGAAGUCCGUCCGGGGGGCGGAGCCGGCGCGAGCGCGGCAGCGCAGCUGUGGCGUCGACAUCAGCAGCAGCCGCUGCCGUGGCGGCUUCGCCCCGAAGAAGACCGUACGCGCGCAGCCGUAGCCGCAGCCCGAAUAACAUCGAUCGCUAUGUCCCGGGUGGUGGGGGGGCGGCGAGGGCGAAGGAGCGGGAGUAUAGGGAGAGGGAGAGGGAGAGGGAGAGGGAGAGGGAGGGGGACAGGGAGCGCGAGCGGGAGCGCGCGUAUAGGGACCGUGGCGGGCGUGAUUAUGGGGGGCGGGAGCGUGAGAGGGAGCGCGAGAGGGAUAGACGGGACGAGAGGGAUAGGGAUGGGCGGGAGAGGCGCGAUGAUAGGGAUAGGGACAGGGACCGUGAGCGCGAAAGGGAAAGGGAAAGACGCAGUUUUGCGGAUAUUGAUCGGUAUAUCCCUGGCAGUGGUGGCGGUGGUGGUGGUGGAAGCGGAGCUAAUGGUGCUGGCAGCGGCAGUGGCAGCGGCAGCGGCAGCGGAGGUAAUGGCAAUGGCAAUGGUGGUGCUAAUGGAGGUGCGGGUGGGAAGCGCGAGAGGAGUGCUAGUCGGCGGUAGGCUGGCUGGCUGGGUAGGUUGGAAGUUGGGUUGGUGCGAGGGUUAGAGCUUGGUGGUGCUGAGGCGCUGUCGCCGGGUACCUCCCCAGCAGUACCCUCGUGUCCGUCCCGAGGCAGGGUUGGUGGGGUGGCCGAGUCUUCCGUCAAUAGGUGCAGCAUCUAUGUAAAACACACGGUACCCGCUGCGCUGAGACGUCUCGCGCGCUUGCUCUGCUGGACCGCGUGAUGCUAUGUAUGCUAUGCGCUUGCG